GCCUGAUUCACAUGUUAACGCGAGGGUCAGGACUGGGGACUGCUUUCAUGCCGUGUCACUAGUUAAAUUGGCGCUACUGAAUCAUAGUCCACGAACGCAAUAAACACCCCAAAAAAGACACUUAUACUGACUGCAUCUUUGCCUCAGUACAAGAUCUCCUCAUUAUUAAUUCAUUACUAGUUGGUGAUAGACAGUAGAGCAACACAACAGAACUCCGUCUCAGUAAGGUAUUGAUUUGAAGAUGUGGUCAGUGUGGGCAGCUUUACUUCUGUCCCAUACAGCUCUGAUGGGAUCUGCUAUGAAACCAGCUCAACCUCACGUCUUGGCGUUGGACAUGGCUCUGGAUUCUGUGGACGACAUGUACAGUGGCUGCAAAAAAGACAUGUAUGUCACAGUGAGACAAAAGUAUCUCCCACUUGAGAAAAAAAACACACAAAAUAACUUUACCGCUGCCUGGCGCGUGGCUAAAGAAUACUACAAAAAAAACUGGAAGGAAAAGAGACCUUCCCUUGGCAAAGAACAAAUCAUGUCUAUCUACAUGUACACCCUGGAUGAACCAAAUGUUUAUAUCGAUUUCAACAACGCCGUGCGCACUCAGGGACCUGUGUACAAGAAUUCCUUUAAAUACCACGCGCUUCACUACUUUCUGACCCGUGCCAUUCAGAAACUCAACAAGGUCGGGGCGGAGCGCUGCGUGACCGUGUACCGCAGGGUCAACGCGUACUUCACCCAGGACUGUCUGAAUAAGCCUGUGCGCUUCGGCUCGUUCACCUCUGCGUCUUUGGGUCGGUACCCCAGCCCGGCGAGGUUUGGGAAGAAGAGUUGUUUCGAGAUCACCACGUGUUUCGGAGCUGCUGUGUGGCAGUACUCCAAAAUGAAGGAGAGAGAAGUGCUCGUUCCGCCUUAUGAGGUUUUCAAAGUAACGCAGAUAAGGAAACGGUCUGAGAACAAAUGUCUGCCGUGUGAGUUUGUCUACACGCUGAAGAGCAGUGAUGUACUUUCCAGGCUGAACUGCAACUCCAUUUAA